AUGCAGGCCACCUUAGAGCCAGACUUCAUGUUUUUCCAUGCAGAUCUGGGCUCGCACAAGCACCCACAGACAUUCCCAUGCAGCUAUUCGCACGCACUGCUCUGCCUCAGAUUCUUAGCACAGCAAGACGGUCUCACUGCUGCUGAGUCGUCAGCAUUGACGUUGCACAGCAUGAAGUCUACCAUGCUGGCAGCAGCUGCGCAAAUACACUUCGCAGAGCAGGCACGCCUCGCACAGGGGCACCACCGUGACAGCCUCCGACUUUACAGUCGUAAUGACACUCUGGAGGCUCUCCGCCUCCAGCGCGAGCUUUGCACGCAGCUGGCCCAGGGGUGGCGACCGCAACGCAGCAUGGCUAGGGGCGGCGCAGCCCCAGUUCCAGAACCGCCUUUCUUUGUGCCAGCAAAGCCCCCGCAGCAUCUCCUGGACGCACAACAACUGCAAGCAGGGGCCUGGGAGAUGUUCACAUCAAGGCAUGAAAUCAUGCACAACGAAAGCGAAGCCGUAGAUGUGCUCAAUAAGCACCCAGAGCCCACCCCGGCUAUGGAUACGGACUCGGAAGCAGAGCUGGUGGAAAGACACGCACAAGAGCAUCCGCACAGCUCCGAAGAGGAAUCAGAGGAGCCCACCGCCCCUGCACCAGAGGAGGAACUCUUCAUCUGCUCGGGCCCGUGGAAUGCACUGCACAGUCCAACUAGAAGCUCGCACCUCGAGUACGAACUUUUGUAUGGAUCCGAUCCGGCCCACGCAGACGUGCUUCUGCCAGCCUGCGGGGCCAAUAUAGGAUCUUUUCCAGUCGUCAUAAUGACGCACGACCCAGCACUGCGAGCGCAAGGCAUCUGUUGCAUCGCAGAUUUUGCGUACGCCUAUAACAGCACCGCAGACUUGGACUCUUUCGCAACGUCCAAAGACGAGGAGUUUUGGACGGCACUGCAAGUGACAGAGCCAUUGCACAGCAUGCCUAUGGCACGCCUGCGCCGCGCACUGGUCCAAUCGCGAAUUCGUGUCAAAGCAUACGAGAACGAGAUGCAACGCACUGAGGAGUCUGCAACGCAAAGCUCUGCACCCUCAGCCAGCUCUGCACCGCCAGCAGACUCCUGGGUGGAGCACGCACCGCAACGCCUGGACAACGACACCGUCGCAAAGCUCGUGGCGGACUUCAAGGAGGCCUACCCGGGGGAGCUCUUGGACAGCACAAGCACGCCCAGCAUCCGCCUGCUCAGCAUGGUGCAUGCAUGGUUCAAAGACCCCGCACAGCCCCGCAUCAAGUACAUCCCUUGGCAAUUCCGCAUGUCGCAACGCCAGUAUACGGAGAUCAUUGAGGCCAAGGCGCACCGCAUCGUCCGCACCGAGGCACAGCUCAUCAGCUCCACACUCUUCGAUGACACACCGACGCUCAGCAUUGCAGAGGUUAAUAUUUGCGAGUCGUGGCUCCAGGCAAAGCAACGCAUCUUCAGCAAUGCAAUCGCACUGUGCAAAGGAGCACACCUGGCAGUGCUCAAAGCACUGGCACGGACUCCGCAAU